CACAUAGCAUAUCGCUAUGGUUCUGUCUUCGGCUUCACCAUUCGUGUGAACACAUAAUUUCUUUGAUGCUGAUCCUCGUGUAAAAAUUUUUUCCUUCUUCACGCUCAUUGUGAAAACGAAAUGUCCGCUUCAUUUUAGUGCUAGCUUUUUCCAAUUUUAAAUCCUUUAUUUGAUUAGUUUGUUUUUGUCCAGCCGUGCUGACGGAAUAUUUUCAAAAAAGCAUUUUAAAAAGUCUGCCCUUGUUCCAAAAACACUGUAUACUACCAUCGAGCCCUCGCCCAUAUCAUUAAAAGAAUUUUCACAAAUUUCAAUUACAUCUUUCGCCUAGUGCCGUAAUUUUUCGUUUGCACUUGAAACUGGAGUUUCGUUAACGAUGAGAUGACUAGUGUUUAAUUGGAGAUAUGAGUUGUUGCCUAGGCAGCUGUGUUUUUGUUUCCAAGUAAUAGCUCGGCUUAUCCAUCUCUAGCUUGCACAGCAGUCUGAAAAUCUUCAGAAGUUAUAUGCCAGCGUCCAGAGGACGGAGUAGUGGGAGGGGUAUGGGUGACACUGCUGCCAAUGAAAGUCUAGCUCAGAGAAACCUGGUAGACAUAAAUGUGGCCACCGUUGAAGAGCUUUCCACCCUUGUAGGGGUAGGUCGCAGUAGAGCUGAAGCCAUAGUGGAAACGAGAAAUUCUCUCGGAGGAUUUACUUCCAUUGAAGAUCUGAGUCUGGCCCCUGGUGUGGGGACAAAUCUGAUUGAAGCCAAUCGCCAGAUUCUAACAGUUUCAGCUCCAGUUCAGUCAUCUCAGGUUAAUACUAGAAAAGCCAACACUCGGAACAGAAGUAGUGAUAAUACAAGCGCUCAACCAACUCCGAGCACCACACCAGUGAUAUCUAGUUCAAGUGAUACUGCGGCUGAAGAUCAGCAAAACGACAGCGGAAGCAGCAGCAGCAACGAAUGGGGUGCUUGUCGAUUGAGGCAACGCCGGUCGACUAGCCGAAUCAAUCCGCUUCCAGUUGGUAAAUCGGCUUCGCUUCGACAAACUCGGAGCAAUGACAGUGCCAUUCAGUCACCUUCACCUCUCCCCACGACUCCUACCUCGUCAACACCCGCCGCACCUGCCAUCGAUGCCAGCAAUGUGCCCCUUAAAGAAGGAUCACCCACAUCGGAAAAUGAAGAUGUUGUCAGACCCGGAGCGACCAAACGGAAGUCGGAGUCAACAGUGGAAAUGUCUGCCGAAGUAGCCACAGAGAAAAAGACAUGUCGAAGGAGUGAAGGUGUAGAUUCAUCUUCUUCCUCAGUCUACUGCCAUGUUCACCGGAAUCCAAUCCCUUCGAAAGACAACCCUCCGCCAGGUUUUUGUCAAUGGCUUCACACUUUCCAAUAUUGGUCGAACGCUGAGCGUUUGUGUGCCAUUGACCAGUUAAUAGAACUGUGUGAGCCCACUCAGGUCCGUCAUAUGAUGGCUGUGAUUGAACCACAGUUCCAGCGCGACUUUAUCUCGUUGCUGCCCAAAGAACUGGCCCUGUAUGUGCUCAGUUUCCUCACGCCUCGCGACUUAACUCGCGCCGCACAAACCUGCCGUUGUUGGCGAGUCCUGGCUGAGGACAAUCUCCUCUGGAGGGAAAAAUGUCGUGAAGCAGGUAUCGAUGAUGUUCGUGAUACACUGAACAAACGACGUCUUCGUGGAUCUUCCCAUCACUCAAGUCUCAGUUGUGGUCUUUCUUCCCCCACUGGAUCCAGCCAAAGCACUGCGCCAAUUAUCACUCCGUCGCCGUGGAAGGCGACUUAUAUGCGUCACCGGAAUAUCGAGUUGAAUUGGCGAGUGAGGCCGAUCCCACAGCCAAGGGUACUGAAGGGUCAUGACGAUCACGUCAUAACUUGUUUACAGUUUUGUGGCAACCGUAUCGUUUCCGGAUCGGAUGACAACACGCUCAAAGUCUGGUCGGCGACUACCGGAAAGUGCCUGAGGACCUUGGUGGGUCACACUGGAGGCGUCUGGUCUUCUCAGAUGCAAGGGAACAUAAUAGUGAGUGGAAGUACAGAUCGAACCUUGAAAGUCUGGAACGCUGAAUCUGGACAGUGUUUACACACAUUAUACGGCCACACAUCUACAGUCCGUUGUAUGCAUUUACACGGAAACAAAGUGGUGAGUGGAUCACGGGACGCCACGUUACGUGUUUGGGACGUGGAGACAGGAGAGUGCUUGCACGUUCUUGUCGGCCACGUAGCCGCCGUUCGAUGUGUGCAAUAUGACGGGCGCCUUGUCGUUAGUGGUGCCUAUGACUAUACUGUCAAAGUUUGGGAUCCAGAGCGAGAGGAAUGUCUUCACACUCUUCAGGGACACACCAAUCGGGUCUACUCACUACAGUUUGACGGCAUCCAUGUAGUCAGCGGAUCAUUAGAUACUAGCAUUCGGGUGUGGGAUGCGGAAACUGGAGCAUGCAAGCACACAUUAAUGGGUCACCAGUCCCUCACGUCCGGAAUGGAACUGCGCAAUAACAUCCUGGUCUCGGGGAAUGCCGAUUCCACCGUUAAAGUUUGGGAUAUAAUCAGUGGCAAAUGCCUUCAAACGCUUUCAGGAGCUAACAAGCACCAAUCGGCUGUCACAUGUCUUCAGUUCAAUAAUAAGUUUGUAAUAACUUCGUCAGAUGACGGAACUGUAAAGUUGUGGGAUGUAAAAACAGGCGAAUUCAUCCGGAAUUUGGUUUCUCUGGACAGUGGCGGCAGCGGAGGUGUCGUUUGGAGGAUCAGAGCCGAUGAAACGCGUCUGGUCUGUGCUGUUGGAAGCCGUAAUGGCACUGAAGAGACUAAGCUGCUCGUUCUCGAUUUUGAUAUCGAAAGCAAGUGAUAUUCGUCAUCGCCAGUUCACCGUCUUACUCCCCCUCCUCACCGCCCUACUUACGUCGUUUUCGGUCCCGUUUUUCCGUCUUAAUAAGGUUGCAAAGUCGCUCGUUCGGCGGACUGAGGAACACAACACUUUUAAUUAAAAUAAAAUACAAAAACAAACAACAGCAAAAAAGAAAAAAAAAAGGAAUCCGAGGCUACGGAAAAGUUGAGUUGAUAGGCAACUCAACAUUUUGGAAUUCUUCUUGGCUAUGGAAUUUGUGUUCGUCAAACCACUUUUUCCAGUUUGUCGUUAUCAGAUCUUCCGGCGUCAGGAACAGUCAACUGCAGUUACGUGCCAAGCAUGAUGACAACAAUAAAACUGCCACGACACUCACAAGAGAAGGGAAAACAAGUCGGGUCUGCUCCGAGGCGCUUCAAAUGGUAACGAACCCCGAAGAAGAGACUCGGAAAAGCCAUGACACACAGGGCUUUAUAACUUGUGAUUUCUUGUGUCUUGUUGAUUUAUUCCCUCCCUUUUCACCCCCAUCACCAUCUUAUUCGUAAUUCAUGAUAUGAAAGCAUCUGUUGAGAUCAACUCAUCAUCAUUCAUUAGUAGUCUCGUACACUUAAAUCUGAUUAAAGAAUUUAAUUUAUGUUCAGCUGUGUCCCGAAAUUUAGUUUCAUUUCCCACAAGA